UCACGUGAGUAUGCAGAUUAGAAUAGCGAAAGAGUUGACCAAAGAAAAGCAUCAUAUUGAAUUUAAAUGUUGAAUUAUCUUUGAAAAUUUGCUAAUUAUUAUAGUGAAAGACCUUGAAGGAAGAAAAAGAAAAAAAAAUAUGAGCAAGAGUGACGAGUGAUGGUGAGAGGAAGAAAGGCUAUCAGGUAGAGAAAUCGCCAUAUAAUAUAGAAGUUGACUUUCAGAUCGUCUGCCAGUAUAUACGUGAAUGGUGUACCUUUAUAUGUAAAACAAAAAAAAAAAGGAAAUAAAAAAUAUGAAAAAAAGAGAAUGAACCUUGUAUUGAAACAUCCUGCAUUUUGUUAACUCUCUAACAUAGCUUGCAUUGUCGUUCAGUUAAUGCUUAAGAAAGAAAAAAAAAAUAAUGAGUAUGAAUAAAAUAAACUGAGGUGGUACAGAAUUUGUUUAAUCGGAUAUACUAUAAGAUACUUAUCAUUAAAUGCUAAAAACACAUAAGUAAGUAGUGUUUUAUCAAUUCGCACUGUUGUUAAAACGACUUUCGCUGUUUACAUGAAUAGUUUGCUGUGCAAUAUUUAGAGUUGUAGAUUAGCUAGAUCACAUUGAGUGAGAACGAAAAAUACAGAAAUGGAUGAAAAAAAAGAGGAGGCCUGCAUAACAUAGGUGAUCGGAGAUUCGAAGAGGCCAUAAAUAACAGCUUUGUGCAGGCACACAAAAAUUACCACCAGGACCGAGAGGACUUCCAAUAGUUGGAUAUUUGCCAUGGAUUGAUUCUAAAACACCUCAUAAAUCUUUAACUCAAUUAACAGAAAAGUAUGGACCAAUUUGCGGUUUAUGGAUGGGAUCAGUUUACACUGUUUUGCUCUCAGAUCCAAAAUUAAUUCGUCAAACUCUAUCUAGAGAUGAAUUCGCUGGUCGUGCACCUCUUUACGUAACUCAUGGUAUGUUUAAUGGAUAUGGAAUAAUAUGUUCGGAAGGAGAACUGUGGAAAGAACAGCGAAAGUUCGUUGUAGCUACUAUUAAAAGUUUAGGGGUAAUGAAAUACGGAACAAAAAGAGAUGAAUUGGAACUAAAAAUUACAAAUUUCGUAAAUGAAGCAAUAAAGAUGAUCGAAGAAAGAUCAGAUGACAAUGGAAUAGAACCAUUUGAUAUAUUACAUCAUUGUGUUGGCAAUAUAAUGAAUGAUUUGGUGUUUGGAAAAGUUUAUAAUGAAUCGGACGAAACAUGGAAAUGGUUACGCCAUUUACAAGAAGAAGGCGUGAAACAUAUUGGAGUAGCGGGACCUUUUAAUUUUUUACCAUUCCUUCGAUAUUUUGUCAAGUUUAAAAAAACAAUGAGCUCCCUUAUUGAUGGUAAAAUGAAAACUCAUCAGUUGUAUAAAAAGCUAAUUGAAGAAUACGAGGAAAAACAAGAAAUGAACUAUAAAAAUUCUGAUAAUUUCCUUGCGGCAUUUAAUGUUGAAAUGAAGAACAGAAUUCUGAAUAAUUGUCAAUUAGGAUCAUUUACCGAACAACAAUACUACCAUUUAUUGGCCGAUCUUUUUGGUGCCGGUACUGAUACAACAUUAACUACUAUUCGAUGGUUUUUACUCUAUAUGGCCAUCUUCCCCGAAAAUCAGGAAAAUAUUUAUCAGAGAAUAAAAGUUGCUACAAACAAUAAUCGAGAACUUGUUGCUCUAAAACAUCGAGAAUUUUUAACUCUACUUGAAGCGGCUAUUUGUGAAGUGCAGAGAUUACGAAGUGUCGUUCCUGUGGGUAUUCCACAUGGCGCAAUGGCAAACGGAAAAAUAGAAGAUUAUGAUAUACCAAAAGGCACGAUGAUAAUUCCAUUGCAAUGGGCAGUCCAUAUGAAUUCAACUUAUUGGAAAAAUCCAGAAAAAUUUGAUCCUUAUCGAUUUAUCACAUCUGAUGGCAGUUUAUUAAAAUCAUUGGCAUUUAUGCCUUUUCAAACGGGAAAACGAAUUUGUGUUGGCGAUGAACUUGCAAGAAUGAUGUUAUUUCUUUUUGCAGCACGUAUUUUACAAAAAUUUCAUAUUUCUAUUGCUCCAGGGGAGAAUAUUGAUAUGGAUGGCAUUUGCGGUAUUACCCUGGUACCCAAGAAUCAUCGUUUCAACUUUUUAUCAAGAAAUACCAAUUAAUUAUCUCAUAUUUCGAUUAUCACUAAUUGACUAAUUAUUUAAAAUUAUCACGAUCAUUAUUAUAAUCGGCUUAUUAAUUUCAAUAAUUUAUAGAGAUAAUUGUCAUUUGUUUAUGA